AUGAGCAAAUCAUGCAAUAAUUCCACUACUACUGCAGCCUCUCUUGAGUCACUUUUCAAUGAGAUCACCAACGAGUCCCUUCGCGAAAGGUUAAAGAGCGCGCUCAAAGCACACACGGAUGCCUUGAUUGAACAACUUGACACGGCACAGCAUAUAAGAGCAACACUGGAAGAUCGCCUUAGUGCUAGAACGAUUCAAUACAACAAGGCUGUACGCGAAGUGCGCUAUUUUCGUGAAAAGUAUCAGCACAUGGCUGCUCGCUAUCAUGAACGAGAACUUUUGAAGUUAUACAACAAUGAGGAUUCUUCAAUAGCACCAAUGGAUUCAUUCUAUUCAGCUGAAGAAGACACAUCUUUAUUACGUUCUCGUGAUGGUAUCAGGAUGUAUGAAAGGGCGGAAGAAGGUGAUCAUCCCAGCUGCAAGCCAUCGCCGUGGGAAUACACAACAGCCAGCAGCUCACAUACAUCGCCUUAUUCCUCAGAGCGCAGCAGCACGACAUCAAAACCUGGUCUUUCUUAUAACAAUACAGAGAUGAAAAGGGCUUUGAGUGACGACCGUAUUGAUCUUUUGGAUGUCAUGGCUGCUGUCACUGAAAACGCACACAUGCUUACUCUCACUACACCUGAACCAAUGCCACCACCUCAACAUCCACCACCACCACCGCCACCGCCACUUCUUGAAUCACCCGUUUCCCCUUCCUCGCCCGCUGAGAAUAAUCAACCACAAGACACAAAGAAACAAAAGGAUACGCCCUCAACUGAAUCAGCUGCAGCAACCAUCAAAACACGUACCAUGGACCUUACCUAUGCUUGUGGUGAUGGUUUUUGGGACACGAUUGCACGAGGCAAAAACAAAAAGAACGAAGUGGAUACAUUGAUAAGCAACUACCUACGGCGUGGUGGACAACCCAAUGUGGCCAAGAACUCAGCAUCACUCAAAUCUGUCAAGGAAGGAUAUGGUUUACUACAUGCACUUGUUGCCGUCAAAAACAGCCAAGCUGUGAGUCGCGUGAUUGAAGCUGGUGCUAAUCCCAACAUUGUUGCUCUUGGACCCAAUGAGGAGGAUAAGACUACACCCUUGGUCCUUGCUGCUCAACUAGGCUACAUGCGUGGUGUAAGGCUUUUGUAUGAACGUGCUAAUGCGGACCUUUUUCAACGUGGCCCACGGCAAAUGACUGCACUUCAUGCAGCCGUUUCCAAUGAUUCCUUGGAUAUCGUUGUAUACCUAUUACGUGCCUCUCGGCUAACAUUGCUGGAUAGCGUGGAUGUUGAUGGUGCGACACCUUUACACUAUGCGUGCAUGUUAGGGCGUACACGAAUGAUGCUGAUCUUUUUGCGAGACUGUCAAGCUAAGCCAGAUCCACGAGAUCACAAAGGUGAAACACCUUUACAUUAUGCGGUACGACGACGACAAUACAAGGCUGUGUGUAAGCUUGUUGGUGAUCUUGGCGUGUAUCCUAAUCCUUACGUGCCCAAACAAACACCUACACCUCUCGACCUUGCUCGUUCAGGCGGCUUCAAAUCGAUUUCUGAAUAUCUGCGAAAGAUGGGUGCAAAGACCAGCAAGGAAAUGGAUAAGACUGCCAAACGUUCCUCGUCCGCAAACAAUAGCAAUCACACCACCACAUCCAGUACGGCAACCACUACUACCACAAGCAGCAAUAAUUCAAGUUCAAUCAGCAGCUCUGCUAGCACAUUUGCUACAUCCUCAACCAUUGGUGCUCCAAGUAUUGUCAGCAGUGCAGAAAGCAUUAGCGUCUAUAGUAGCAGCGAUGGCUCAUCGAUUGGCAGCUUUCUUUCACCAAAAUUAUCAACGACAUUACGCUCCUUCAACUUGUGA